UGAUGAGAUAGAGCUUUCAUUUGGAAACCGUUGGGAUGAGCCUGGAGUUGAAGGUUAUAUCGUUACUAUUCUCGACCCGAGAUUUAAGGACCUAAGCUUUGAGCCAGAAAAACUAGAACUAAUAAAAAAUAAAUUAAAAUGCAGGAUGGAAGCUGCAAAAAAUAUAAACUCAACAAUACCUUCAAUUGAAAAUAAAACAUCUUCUUCUUUAUUAAAUUCAUUAUUUGAAAAAACUUUUCAAGAAUAUUUGGCAAUUCCAGAAACCUCAGUUUCCUCAGAGCAUCUCUUCUCUGAUGCCGGAAACGUCAUAACUGAUAAACGAAAUCGUCUUCUUCCCAACACAGUUCAUGAUCUACUUUUUCUUAAAGAAAACUAG